UAUUUAAAGAGCUGAAAUCAUGAAAUUUGCAAUUUUUAAAAUCCUGUGACCAUGAUAUUGACAAAAAUGGAAUAUGAAUUUGGUAGGGCCCUAGUUAUUUACACUGAGUUUUAUAAAACUACCUAAAAAUCAAUGGAAUUAGCAUUAGACAAACAAGGUGGAUGAGAUGAUAAUUAUUGUACCAUCUUCUGUUGGUGAGAGAGAUAAGCUUUUCAGUUUGCACAGAGCUCUUCAGGUCUGAGUCUCCAGAAUUUGUGUGGGCUACCAACAGGCUCCAUCUGAGUCUGCCAGACCUGAAGAAGAGCUCUGUGUAAGCUCGAAACUUCUCUCUCUCUCUCUCUCACCAACAGAAGAUGAUCCAGUAAAAGAUAUUUUCACCCUCCUUGUCUUGCUAAUAGCCUGGGACCAACACAGCUACGCUAACACUGCAUACAUGGAUUUGGCAUGACACACGAAAACGAGUGCUCUCACUGCUGCUCGGAAGCUGCAAUUAACUAAAAUUGUCUGAGCAGUACGUGUUUGUAUUACAGGUUGUAUAGUGCUUUAGAGAGAAUCCCCACAUCAUUCCUGUAAGGGAGAGAUCCUCCCUGGCUACAGGUUAGGGAAACUACUUUGCCCAAAGGCAACCUUCCUAUACCUCAAACAGUUGUUGAAUGGCAGCACUGGGAUUAAUGUAAAGUUCUUGUGUCCAAGUCCUGUCCUCAGCCCCAUUCUCAGAAUCAGUAUAUUGACCCCUUCCAGCAAAGUAUAAAUGUUUUCUGAAGAAAAUGUAAAGGAGCAUGUGGUUUAUGGGUCAAAGCGAGAAAGUCAAGACUGCAAGGUCCUCUUCCUGGUUCUGUCACCUGAGACCUUGGGUGCAAGUUACUUCACUUUGAUAAAGGAAACAUAAUCCUCAGGCUUGAGAGAAACAACUAUUUUUAUUAUUUAAAAAAAAGAAAAGAAAGGGUGUUCCUGUCUCUGAGCCCUAGCGGCUUAUUUCUCAGAUGCCUCCUUGGGCAUGUUGAUACUGAGGCCUGCCGGUUGCUUCAGCUAUCAAAGCCCAUGUGCUUCUUACCAACCCUCCCAGGCCUCUGCCCCAAGUAGCUCAUCCGUAACCUUGCACUGCUUUUCAACCUUAUUUAUUAGCUUGCCUUGUGGCAACCAUCAGUCUCUGGGCUUUCAAAUGAAAUGUUCCAACCCACAAAGGCCUCUGUUGUCCCUCUGCGUCCCCAACACAUUUGCUGGCUCCAGGAUCAGCCUUGUGCUCUGAAUGGCAAAACCCUGCCUCCUGCAUAGUUUGUCCCUUCAGUGUAAAUGCUGUGCUUCUCUCUGACCUCUUCGUGCCUUUGGCUCUGAGGCACUGAUAAUUUUGUGCCACUCAAGUGAUUCAUCCGCAGCAGAGAUCAAGCCAGCCUUUACUGUGACUGGCAGGUGCCACCCCAGGGCCCACAGCAGUAAUGAGCCUCCCUGCUUGUCUCCCAUGGCCCUCAAAGCGCUUUGCAAAGGGGCUCAGCCAUCGCCAAGAUCGUGGGCCGCAAUGCAGCCAAGCUGGAGCAGUUUGACACCACGGUGAACAUGUGGGUAUUUGAGGAGGAGGUGGGUGGGAAGAAGCUCACCGAAAUCAUCAACACGCAGCACGAGAACAUCAAAUACCUGCCAGGGCACAAACUGCCGCCCAAUGUGGUGGCGGUGCCAGACCUGCUGACGGCCGCAGCUGGGGCAGACAUUCUCAUCUUCGUGGUGCCCCACCAGUUCAUCGGCAAACUCUGUGAGCAGCUCAAAAACCAUGUGAAGAAGGAGACCAUCGGGGUAUCGCUCAUCAAGGGGGUAGAUGAGGGCCCAGAGGGGCUGAAGCUGAUCUCGCACGUUAUCCACGAGUGGCUGGGCAUCGAGAUGAGCGUCCUGAUGGGGGCCAACAUUGCCAACGAAGUGGCGGAGGAGAAGUUCUGCGAAACGACCAUUGGCUGCAAGAACCUGGAGCAUGGGCAAAUCCUGAAGGAGCUGAUGCAGACGUGCAACUUCCGGAUCACUGUGGUACCGGAGGCUGACACUGUGGAGAUCUGCGGGGCCCUCAAGAACGUCGUAGCUGUAGGGGCUGGUUUCUGUGAUGGCCUGAGCUUCGGAGACAACACCAAGGCAGCUGUGAUUCGCCUCGGGCUGAUGGAAAUGAUUACCUUUGCCAAGCUCUUCUGCAAAGGCCCUGUCACCUCGACCACCUUCCUGGAGAGCUGUGGGAUCGCCGACCUUAUCACCACCUGCUAUGGUGGCAGAAACCGCAGAGUGGCAGAGGCCUUUGCCAGGACUGGGAAGUCCAUUGAGCAGUUGGAGAAGGAGAUGCUGAAUGGACAGAAGCUGCAGGGUCCCCAGACGUCCGCCGAGCUGAACCACAUCCUCAAACACAAGAACCUGGUGGAGAAGUUCCCCCUCUUCACUGCUGUUUAUCAGAUCUGCUACGAGGGCAAACCCGUCGCUGACUUCAUCAACUGCCUCCAGAACCAUCCUACCCACAUGUAACUAGGCCCGAACCACUGAAACGGGGAGAAAGCCGCUGACGCAGCGUGAGCCUUCAUGUACAGAGACACUGGAUCCUCCAUGAGCCAUGGCAGACCAUGAGUAAGGGGGGUCCUUCCCAUCGCCCUGGGGCUGGGUAGCCCUCAGCCUGGCGAUGCUCUCUUGAUUCUAUAUGGAGGCACCAAAUUAAACUCCCUCCUUCUCUGGGGUGUCUAAAAUUUGCUGGUCCCCAGGAUAUCCUCCUUGGGGAGGACAUGGCAUCAUAUUUCUCAUCAGUGAUGCAACUGGUGCUGUUCACUGUGCGGCUCUUCUGGGCUUCCUUCGUGAGCUGUCUGUAGAUGAAGCAUUUGGAGGUUGCUUUGGCUGUGAGGACAGUCUACUUUUGCGCGCUGUAUCCCUGACGGGGCUGCCUGGCAGGGCAAAAGUCCCUUGUUGUCUGCUGCACUGGUAGUUUGUUACUAUUUUUUUUAGCUUACCCUCCCCGCAGCGAGGGAUUGAGAACAUGGGCGGACACCUGCCAGAUUUUAUCUGUCCACUGCCAAACUCUUUAUGAUUUUAAAAGGGGUCAUUGAUCCUCAUUUGUAUAAUCAGCCCCAGGGCAUAGGAGCACCCGCACAUGAAACACUGCUCCCCAAAGUCUCUUCCAGUGCCUUGGUUCCAGCCCAGCCCUGACUGAGACAGUGCCAGGACCCAAUCAAACUGGUGAGGGUGAGGUCUCAUUUUUGUGCCAAGAUAACUCCACAGGUGUCAAAAAGCAGCUUCCCAGGGCUGUGUCCACUGCAGAUUGUUAGAAGCAGCCAAAGGAAGUUCUUUGGCCUUUUACUCUGCAGCUCAAAGCAAACCCCAUUGGAUACUCAGAUUCCUGAAUCCUCUCCUGUCCCCUGUGACUCUUGGGCCGCUCUGCCUUGCAGCUCCCUGUUGUGUCCCAUGUAGCUCUUCGUCCCUUCUGAGCUUUGUGCAGCUCCUGUCUGGCUAGUGCAACCAAGGGACUCAUGUCCCUAAGUCAGAACUGCAGUGGGCUCCCCUACCUGGAUGGGUGGGUUGCUGGCUGUGAAUCUUGUUAGCACUGCACCUUCCUGAGCAAUUGGGCCAAGCUGCUUUUAAUCAAGAAAUGGGCUGGACCUGGAACAGCCUCCUGGCCCCCAGAGCAUCUGGAUUCUGUGCUUUGGGCCUGUCUCUGCUUUUACUUGUGUGCCUUGGAGGCUGCACCCUCCCUGAUGUUCCUCUCGCUCUUGCCUGUGGGCUCUUUACAGGCCCAGGUGGGGAGGCUGAAACUGUCCACUAUAAUAGGGGCCAUCAGUUGUCAACUGAGCUGCAUUUCCCUGGAGUAACCCCUGACCUGGAGGCUGUGGGAGGGGAGACAUUCACCAGCACAAAGGGGAGUUGGGGUCCCUGUUGAUUUUCAGUGGGCAUCAGGCACCUUGCUGCCCUAUUUGCCUUUGAAAAUGGCCCCUCAGCUAGCAAACCUGUUACAAGCCUGUCUGAACCCUGUCACAAAGCUGGAUAAUUGCUUGCUACAGCUUCACAAGGUUGUGGCCUCCCAAUGCCCCGGGCUGGGCUCAUGGGUGUGAGUGAGCAAAAUGCUCUCCCACCCCCAGCGCUGGAUUUGCCUGGUGUCUCUGGCUGGCUGAACGUGAAAGUACUUCGAUUGUGAAUGUUUAAUUAAAAUAAUAUAGGGACGUGAAAAAAA